AUGCUCAUCUUCUCGGCAUUCAAGACCCUCACUGGGCAACAGGUGACCAUCGAGCUCAAGAACGAUCUUGCCAUCCAAGGCACACUCAAGAGUGUCGACCAGUUCCUGAACUUCAAGAUUGACAACAUCCGCGUCCUCGAUGAAGCCAAACACCCUCAUAUGAUGGCGGUCAAGUCGGCAUUCAUCCGCGGCUCCGUCGUCCGAUACGUUCACAUCCCUGCCGCCGCCGUCGAUACACAGCUGCUCGAAGACGCGACAAGGAGAGAGGCUGCUUCGCAAGCGAAACGCUGA